UGAUUUUUCUACUACGUCUGCCAUAAUUUUGUUUUUUCUCUCUCUUAUUUUUUUCUAGAGAUUUCUCAUAUCUUGUUCUUCCCUUUUUAUCUCUUACCACCACCAGAAAUUUCAUCUUUUUUAUUCCUUUUCUGUAACUUGGGAUUUCUGGGUAUAUAAAUUGUUAAUCACUAAUUAAAAAAGAGCCGAUUUUGCUGAUUAAUUCCUCGAAUUUUGUGAAUAUUUUAUCUGGGUUUUGGAGGGAAUUUAAAGGAGCAAAAUUGAUUGAUUGAUUGUUUGAGUAGCAAACUUUCUAUGUCUCCUCUGUUCAGAAACGCAUUGAAUUUGUAUGGUGUAUGAGUUUCUGAGGGUCUGGAGAUGGACAGCGAGGAGACAUAAACUUAGCAAGAAUCAUUAAACAUCAAAAAGUUGAAUUUGGAAAGUUACAUAGGAUUCUUCAUAUAUAACACAUAUACAUAUAUAUAUUUUGUAUAUAUAUUAUUGUGGUUGUUUGGUGUGUGGUAGUACAAAGUAGUGAAGCAAUGAUGGAGCAGUUAAGCUCUGUGUUCUUCAGCAAGAUGAACUCGCUUUCGACUUCUGAUCAUGCUUCUAUAGUCUCGAUGAAUCUGUUCGUGGCGCUGCUGUGUGGUUGUAUUGUAAUUGGUCAUCUUCUUGAGGAAAAUCGCUGGAUGAAUGAGUCCAUAACCGCUUUACUUAUCGGUUUGUCUACUGGGGUUGUGAUUCUGCUAAUUAGUGGAGGAAAGAGUUCACAUCUGUUGGUCUUCAGUGAAGACCUUUUCUUCAUAUACCUUCUUCCACCGAUCAUUUUUAAUGCAGGAUUUCAGGUGAAAAAGAAGCAAUUCUUUCGCAACUUCAUCACUAUCAUAAUGUUUGGAGCCAUUGGCACAUUGAUAUCGUUCACCAUCAUAUCUUUAGGAGCCAUGGCAAUUUUUAAGGAGAUGGACAUAGGCUCUCUGGAAUUGGGAGACUAUCUUGCAAUUGGUGCAAUAUUCGCUGCAACAGAUUCUGUAUGCACAUUGCAGGUGCUUAACCAGGAUGAAACUCCCCUUCUCUACAGUCUCGUGUUUGGUGAGGGUGUUGUUAAUGAUGCCACAUCGGUGGUGCUUUUCAAUGCAAUCCAGAGCUUCGACCUUACGCAUAUCGAUCACAGAAUUGCUUUACAGUUUAGUGGCAACUUCUUAUAUCUAUUUUUCGCAAGCACCUUGCUUGGAGCGAUGACAGGCUUGCUCAGCGCGUACAUUAUCAAAAAGUUGUACUUUGGAAGGCAUUCCACUGAUCGAGAGGUUGCUUUAAUGAUGCUUAUGGCUUAUCUAUCUUACAUGCUUGCUGAACUCUUCUACCUGAGUGGAAUCCUUACGGUAUUCUUCUGUGGGAUUGUCAUGUCUCAUUAUACAUGGCACAAUGUGACUGAGAGCUCAAGAGUAACCACCAAGCAUGCUUUUGCAACACUGUCUUUUGUUGCUGAGAUUUUCCUCUUUCUGUAUGUCGGUAUGGAUGCAUUGGACAUUGAGAAGUGGAGAUUUGUGAGUGAUAGUCCUGGAACAUCUAUUGCUGUGAGUUCUAUAUUGAUAGGUCUGGUCAUGGUUGGAAGAGCAGCUUUUGUUUUCCCCUUAUCUUUGUUAAUGAACUUAUCCAAGAAAUCGCACAGUGAAAAGGUCACCUUCAAUCAGCAGGUGGUCAUUUGGUGGGCCGGUCUCAUGAGAGGUGCUGUCUCUAUGGCACUUGCUUAUAAUCAGUUUACAAGGUCAGGGCAUACACAGCUAAGGGGAAAUGCAAUAAUGAUCACGAGCACUAUAUCUGUCGUCCUUUUCAGUACAAUGGUGUUUGGGUUGCUGACAAAGCCUCUAAUAUCAUUCUUGCUGCCUCACCCAAAACACUUUACUAGUGCGAGCACUGUGUCAGAUAUGGGGAGUCCAAAAUCAUUCUCCUUGCCACUGCUUGAGGACCGACAAGAUUCUGAAGCUGAUAUGGGAAACUACGAGGAGAGCACUAACCGGAGUAUUCCCCGACCUGGUAGCCUCCGCAUGCUUCUAAAUGCACCUACUCACACUGUCCACUUUUACUGGCGCAAAUUCGAUGAUUCUUUCAUGAGGCCUGUAUUUGGCGGUCGAGGUUUUGUACCUUACGUCCCAGGCUCACCUAUUGAACAGAGCACCGAAAAUUUGAUAGACAGAAUAUAGGACUAGGACAGAGUAUGAGGCAGUUGGCGUGAACCGAGUCUAUAAACGUCUGCAUGGUCAAGAAUGCCCUUACCAAAGAACGAUCUGGCGAUUGGUCUCAUGGGCUUUCCUGCUAAGAGAGUUGUAGUAUACUUCUGUUGAUAGAUACUCCUACCAGUUUACAGUAACACUGCAGAUUGAAUUAUCAAGGCACUCCGAAUACUAUGGUAAUUCUAUGUAUUCUUUAAUUUGGCUUGAGCUAGAAUCCUCUAGCAUCUUUUUGUAGUCCUAUAUAAUUAUAAUCCGGGUUUUCUUUUCUUCUUUUAUUUCUAGUGUACUUUUUUCUCUUCUGAACCAAAGUUUGGUCGUUGGAGUGUGCGUACUGUAAACAUAUCUAUAGUGUAUGUUUGUGAAUUGUGAACACAUUUGUGUAUUUAGGGGAUGAUGAUGAGUCUAAUCAGCUAGCAAUUAUUUGAGCUUGACUCGAAAUUGUAAGAGCUAAACAUCAUAAAGCUCAGUAUGAGAUGUUUGUGAAUGGGCAAAAAUAUUUCUAACUAUUAUGUUGUUACAUAUCUAUCAUAAAUUAUCAUGUUUCUACA